AUGGCGCCCGCGAGUCCUCGACCGCGCGGUCCCGAUCACUCGUUGAUCCCGUGCGACGGCCCGCUCGGCUUCGACCCCGACGACCUCACCGAUCGCUCGCAAUGGCGAUUAGUCGGCGACGGUUCCUUCGGGAAGGUUUUUCGCGGUGAAUUGCUCGGCGAACCGGUGGCGAUUAAAGUCACGACGAACGCGCGACCGGACCGUGUGAGCGGGUUAAAGCGAGAUCUGUGGUAUCUGACGACGUUCGCGCAUCCAAACGUGACGCGCGUGUACGGGGCGUUCAUCGAGCGCGGGGAUUGUCACAUGGUCAUGGAGUUUGUUCCGCACUCGUUGAGGAGCAAGCGGGUGGUCAACGAGACGAACAGGGUGAAGGUUUUGGCGGACGUCGCGAGGGCGUUGACGCGGGUGCACGCGGCGGGACACGUACAUAGGGAUGUCAAGGCGAGGAACGUGUUGAUAUCGGAGGAUUAUCAGACGGCGAAACUCACGGAUUUUGGUCUCGCGCGUAUCGUACCGGGUGUGGCGACGUCGAGUCGCGAAGACGUUAAUCCCAGACUGACGCCGAAGAUUGGGCCGCCGAAGUACCGCGCGCCAGAGGUAGAAAACGGACAGCCGUACGACACUUCGAGCGAUAUGUACGGCUACGGUGUGAUGUGUUAUCAGCUCAUUGAACAGAUGCGCCGACGCACGCGCAAGGCAAACGCUGGGGAGGUUGAGUUUAUUCGAGAACUAGGUCGAUUAGCGACGCAGAAGGAUCCAACCAAGCGGCCGACGGCGCAUCAGUGUCUCACGAUGUGCAUGAGCUGGUUGCGAGGCGGCGCCAACGUCAUAACCCCUGAUAUCUACCCGGGGCGCAACACGUUGAGAGACAAGUAUUGGGUGCACACACCCAUGGAUGGUGGGACUUGGAAACACGACUCUGAGCCCGCGAACGCGGCGAACGAUACCGAGUCGGAGGACGAAGAACCGCUGUCGCCUCACUCGAACUCACACGGUUUCGAGGACGCGCGCGGGACGUUUCACAACGGCUCACAGGACGCUCAGCGAGGGACGAAGCGCGACGAACGAGAGGGAAGCGAUACCCCCGUGAGCGCACCCCCGAUGAACGCGGCGAAGCGGGUGAACUCGACUUCGACCGACCUAUACGUGCGCGGUGAGCUCGCGGCGGUUCGUCUGAACGGUAGCGCCGCCGCCGGCAUCGGCGCCUAA